CCCAGUAGAGUAGCAUUCUUAGCCUUGCACCGACUCUUAGCCACCUUCUGCGAAGUCCUCUCCGGUCGUUCAGUCUAGUACUGCCGCUCUCUCCUUGUUCCGUGCUCGCCCAUACCCUCCUGCAGCUCACCGGCACCAUCACAGUCGCUUCCCUUCGGUGGCAGUAACGCUCGUUUUUGAUUCCUCUCCAAAACCACCAUCACCGCCUGCAUACCUUCUCCAUCCCUCCAGGCGGUCUCUCCGAUACCAGGUCAAGGCGAUAUCCUAGACUCUCUGGACGUCUUUCGUAUUCACCGCUCGUGAUUGUGCUCUCAUACCACCUAUACCCGCUUAUAAUCAAUCACUCUUGACGACAACGACGAUGCACCUCUUCUCUGCCGUCCCUCGAGGUGUCCUCACUCUGCUCUUUGCCUCGUUGCUUCUCUCGUUAGCGGAUGCACACUCAUAUUUCAUCGUCACGAGUCCGACGCAAGGAACGCAGCUGCAGAACGGCGCUGCGAACCGGAUAACAUGGAUAAAAGGUCUUUUGGAUGAUAUCGACGCAUUCGACGUGGAGAUGUCGAGACUGAGCGUCGACGGUCUUAUCCUCGUCGCAAGAGAUGUGCCGGCUGGAUCGGGGUCAUUCAACCUGUUCUUGCAAGACGUGCCCUCGGCAGACGACUACUACCUACUCUUCCUGAACUCGACGUCUGGCGUGAUGUUCACCACAUCGUCACGGUUUUCGAUUGGCGACAGCAGUUCGAACGCGACAGCCACGGAGCCAGAUAGCAGUGCGCCUACGGUGACGAUAUCGGGAGGACCGAAUCCGUUGAACGACUUUGCGACGACGUUCCCACCGAGUGCGAAUGGGGUUGCGAUGCCGGGGUGGAAGGCGAUCGAGGGGAGCAAGGGGCAGUUGAUUGGCCUGUUUAUGGCCAUGAUGUUGUGUAUGGCUGGCGGGGCGUUCACGCUGCUGUAGCCAUUGUUUGACUGCCUCUCCCUUUCCAUAUCGCUUUUCGUUCUCUUGGUUUCGUGGUGCUAUCUAUUGGGUGUGUUGUCGGGGAGCGGAUGUGGAUAUCUUAGGGGUGAAGACGUUUACGAUGGUUGCCAAGGUAAGUACACUGGCGCGUGUACAUAGGAUUAGAAGAGAUGGGAAUAUAUUUGUUUGGACGAUCUGCGCGUUGUUUGUGAUGGUCUCCUGAUUAUUCGUGGAGAUAGAGUGUGUUUUGGGUAGUAAAGAACACUAAAGCACUC